AUGCAAUCUAGACAAACUUGGAAGAUUAAAAUUCUUGGAGUUUUGAGAUUUUUUGGUUAUUCAAAGAAAGCUGCCAGAAAUGAGGAACUUGAAAUCCCACCUUCUACUACAUACUCUGAUGAUUCAGAUGAAUCCAACUCCGAUACGGAAGUGAGCAUUAAUUCCACUUCAUCAGACUUGGCAGAAACCAUUAACACUUCAAACUCGAUUACAUCAAAAAAUUUACGAGAAUGUAAUGAAUGCAAGAAAGUUAGAUCAUUCAAUUGGUGCAAAACAUGUGAAUCAAAAGAAUUUGCAAAGCAUUUUUCGGAUUGGAGUAGUAAUAAUGAAUUAUUAAAUAAAUUUAUUAGGAAUACGCAGUAUAAAGCGUAUGAUCAUAGAUUUUAUUGGGAAUGGAUUCCGUUUAAUCAACUUUCUAAUGUACAACAUUUGGCUAAUGAUAUCGUAUUUACCGCUAUUUGGUUGGAAGGACCAAGAAAUCAUUGGAACAAUAAAAGCAUGUUGUACGUCAGGCGUAAAUGGUGUAAAGUAGUUUUAAAAAGACUUGCCCAUUCACCGGAUAACAUCGGAAAAGAAUUCAUUAACGAGCUCCGAAGUUAUUAUGGUCGUAAAAGAUCCCGUUGUGGACGAAUCGUACAAAUAUAUGGAAUCACUCUAGACCCCGAGAAAAAUUGUUAUAUGUUAGUAACUGAAUAUCAUAAUAAACGCGACAUUCGAACUUCAUUACAAGAAAAUUAUUCGGAAUUAACCUGGUCAGAUAAAUUACGAUUAUUACAUGAUUGUGCAGAAGCUUUAUUACAUGUUCACUCGAGAGGUCAUACUCAUAAAAACUUACACUCUGGUAACCUAUUAUUACAUUCAAAAGGAACGAAUGUCUCUUUAAACUUAAGUGACCUUGGAUUAUAUAAUCAUCAAUCCGUCGGAGAGUUAUUUGGCGUAAUUCCUUAUGUAGCUCCUGAGGUUUUAAACGGUUGGCCAAUUACUCAAGAUGCUGAUAUUUAUGGUUUUUCUAUGAUAAUGUUUGAGUUGGCAACCGGACUUCCUCCAUUUUAUGAUCGCGUUCAUGAUCAACGGUUGAUUUUUGACAUUUGUGAAAGGGAUUUACGUCCACGAUACGAUUCAGAUCAAAUUCCUGUAUUUUAUGCGAGUUUGAUGCAAAAAUGUUGGAGUACGGAACCUUUUAGUAGACCAAAUGCCAAUGAAAUUCUUUUUAUCAUUAAAAGUUGGAAUGAUGUAGAUUUUCCAGACAUUCAAUUUAAGCGCGAGAAUUUUAAAAUUCAUCCUGAUGCUAUUUAUAAUAGUAGACCUCUUGCCGAUUUAAUAUCACGUGAAUUCGAACUUCGAGAUCAAUUUCGGGAUGAAGCUGAAUUAUCUGAACAAAAUGAGGUGGAAGAGUCUUCUAAAGAUUCUUUCGAAGAAUCCUCCGAAGAUUAUGAAGAUGAUGAACAAGAAAAGUCUGAAUCGGAAUCGGAAUCGGAACUCGAUGAUGAAUGUGCAACUUUUGAACAAACAGUUGAAACUAAAAUCGAUAAAUUUCCAUUCAAACUUGAAUUAAAUCUUGGAGAAUCAUCAACAUCAAGUUUCGCGAUACACGACGAAAUAAAAAAUGAACGUGAUACUACUACAACGUCAAGUGAUAAUGAUUCUUCAACUGAAUCAUCUUAA